UGGCUAAGUCAAAACGUUUAUACAUAUAUUAAAUCAUGGCUCACUGUACCGUUAAAUUGGAUCCGCCACUGUUUGUGCCCUGCGAUCUAGAGGAGUUUCGCGAUCCCAACAAGAAGACAGCAGCGGCCUCUGCCUGCGAGGAGGUGGAGAAGCUCAGCGCCCAGGAUGAGAUCAGUGUAUCGAGUAUUAUAUCGGCAUUGAUACGACCUAUCGAACCAUCCGACGAUCAGUACAAGGUCUGCGAUUGGCAAAUCGAUCCCAAGAAGUUUCUGCCAGUCAAAAAUUCGGUGAUCUUCAAGGAAACGCUCUUCAUCUCGAAGCUGCGCAAUAGCAACUGCAAACUGAGCGAGAAUUUGAAGAUAUUUUUCGAGCGUGAAUUGCUGACGAUCGGCAAGUUCUGCCUAAAUGUGGAGGAGGCGUUCGAUGGCUAUGUGGUCUAUAGCAGCAGCCGGAUGAAGAAGGGCAAAGGCAUCGCCGAGUGCGGGCAUCAGCUGAAGGGCAAAUACGACGAUCAGUUUCUGCUGAUCUGUGAGAAACGCUCGGAGACGGAUCGCAUCGAUCAUGCGGUCGUGGAGAAGACGCUCGAGGUGCGCAAUCAUGCUGACCUAUAUCUGACGGCCAUACGCGAAACGAAGAUCAACGAGGAGUCGCAGAAGUUCAAGGCGACGAUCGACAUCAAGGAUCGGGAUCACACCUUCGUCCUUGACGGCGGCAUUCAGCUGCUCAUGCGCCAUCUCGUUUGCAAUAAUUUCGUCGGCACCUUCGAGUACUACACGAUGAAUCUGUACGGCCGUGUGCUACGCUGCAAUCUGGUCGUGCACAAGGAACGCAAGAUCGUCCGGAUCUUCUAUCGCACCUACAAGAACGCCAUUCACAUCAUAACGCAGCAGUGCUUCAACGACGAGCUGCAGGACGUCGCCGAGACCUUUAUGACGCCCGAGGGCCGCAUCAUUCUGCACUACUGGCAGGGCUACAACUACCUGCUGCACGCCGUCUGCGCGCCGCCCAAGAAGAAGGAGCUCAUCCUGCCCAAGCUGGAGCUAAUGUGGCGACAGGAUCCCGUCCUCUCACGCAAAUUCCGCGAGCUGAAGGCUCUGAACUAUGAGAACACGACAAAGUACCUGGAAUCGAACUCGGAGUUGGCUGACUUCAUGCAGGACUAUGUCCUCAAUGUGCUGCGCUAUAAGCCCUCCAAUGUCCUCGAGUUCUCCAUUAUGUUCUUCCAGAAUAUGGCGAACAACUAAAGUCUAUGCUGGCGCAAUGAAACUAAAUGUAAAUGUAAGAAAUGUCAAAUUUGUGA